UUUGGCCCGGCAGUGACAGCGCGCAAGCGCGGAGACGAAGACAAAUUAGGGUUCCGUCGAGCGCGCCGCUUAUCGUCGAGGCGGGAGUGCGACCAGCAGCGACCGUCGAAAUGCAUUCUCCGGCGACACGCACGUGGCUUGUGGCUCUCUUCGCGACUGCUUACGCGUUGCCUGUUACCGAGAAUGCGCUUGCGGCCACCCCGUGGCCAGAUGCAUGCACCGAGCCAAACGUUCGAGAGUCGGAGGCCUUCCUGCGAGAUAUCGUGUCAAGACUGGAAUCCAUCCUGCCUGUCACUAUCCCAGUUCCGGAUGUGUCUACCCAUGAGUACACUCUCUUCAACGGCACGCUGUCGCCCCUGCACCUGACCGACGUCCACGUGAUCGUCGAGGAGGCCACGUGCCAAGAAACGGAACGUCAUUUCCCGUUCACCAUUUCUGUUAGCAAGAUGGACGGUAUGUACGAGUAUCACCGCACAGGGCACAACGACACAGAACCCGAAGACAGCGGCCACGUCGGCGUCACGUUCUCCAGUGCCUACAUGAGGGGCACGCUGAGCCAGAAACUACACCCAGACCACGCAGAAGGCAACGGAGUAGCCCUGACGCAGCCCGAGUUCUGGCACUUCAGGAUUACACUGGGGAAUUUCAUGUCGUACCCGAACAUACGCAGUUACCCACUGAAGCGGCAAAGCAACGGGCCGUCGUACACUCAGAUGAAGUGGGCGGUCAAGAGAACUUUCUAUCCACUCUUCAUAUGGCUUCCCGAAACGCACGUUCUUCCCGCUCUGCGUCAGGCGUACGGAGGAAGGUUAAUUGCUAAGGCAGGAAGUAAAAAGACUGAACUAAAGGCGCCGCAGUGAAAAGUCUGCGUUGUUGCGCGCUGCAUCAGAACAGAAGCAAAGGGAGGUUGGAAGUUUCUUUUGCGAGGAAAAUUGAAUGAUCUAUAAUCUUUCCUUUUCACUUGUGCCCAUUCAGAGAGCGCCUCCUCUCUUUAAAGGCGUUGAUUACCCGAGUAAAGAGAUCGGGAUUACCGCGUUUUGGCAAACAAUAAUAACAUAACUUGCAUAACGGUGGCCAUUUUGUCAUGCGCCGUGUUGUUACUUUUGAAUAAAAGUAACAGCCAUAAUGGUUGUGAUUUUUAUAAAUUUAUUUUAUACGCCAAGAUUGCACCAACCCAAGCAAAAGAUAGCAUCCGCUUAAAAUUGUACUUCCAGGGCACAUAAUAGACACUUGUAUCUUUGUGAGAUGCAUGAUAAGCUAACGGGAUGAGUCACCGCGAGACGCCAUAUGGCCAUGCUCGUGCGGCGCCGGGACUACUGUGGUGGUAGCGGCAGUUACCGUAGGCACAGAGGCAAUAGAGAGCUUUAGAAUAGUGACCCCAAUAGUUUGGGGCCCCAAUUAGCUUUUCGGGUGUUGGUGUUGGGGUACGCAGUACUAAAGAGCUUUGGAACAGGGCUUUGCGUUUGAGGAUAGCGUCUUGCGCUGACUGCGCCAGUGCGACAUCAAAGAAAAGCUAUUAGAAAUAAUAAAAUGUACCUGUUUCUGAUAAGCAUAAUUAUUUUGACUGUCAUGUUUUAGCGUUUAAUUACAAUUUAUAGGUUAUUCUAUUAGCAGCGAACUAUUAGAUAAGCUUAGUUUCGAGUAACCGACUUUACGUGCCAUAACCAGCCAAGCUAAGCCGUGGUAGGCCUAUGAGCCAUGAAAUCCGCAAUCUUAUUUGGCAUCAGCGGCGUCUAAUGAAUCAAUCUUCAUAACACAUGCUAGUCGAGAGAAAGUGAUAGCCGCCGUAUGUUCUCCUAGGUUGCUAACUUUAUGCGUUAACACGAAUUGGGCCCAGUGUGCUGCUAGGCUAGAGCGGUCGCUUCGAUGGGUGCCGCCAUGUUUGUUUACGCAAAUCUUUUGGGGCAGCUAUUGGGGCAUAUUUUGGGGCUCUCGGCAAAUCGGUGAAAUAGCAUGCCUGAUGCAAAACUCAAAGGCACUUUGCGUCUCGCGCAUGCGCAGUGGCUUCGACGCUAUUUCUUUGGGACCCCAAACAUUUUGCGCCCCUAUUCUAAGACUCUCUAAUAUAACCAACUCCAAAGGCAAAGCUUGCCUUGGCGCCCAUACGUUGAAAUCGCUAGCCGCAAGGGCGCCGUCAUCUUGCUACGCAAGGCAGGGGCGCAUGCGCGGAACAGGAGAUGCGAUUCAGCUGAGGCGUGCUACGAACGUGAUCUCUAGCCUGCCUCGGUAGGGUGGCGUUACCUAGUUUUGGGGCCUUCAAACGCGCCCAUUUAUGCACCGUAAAUUUUCCAUGGCAACAUUACUUUACCCUCUGAUGUUUCUCGAAGAAAUUCUGAAUGAACUUUACACACGUCGUCCAUAUGGACGUGCUAGAUAUCAAGGCUCAUUUUUAAAUAGCAUCGUCAUUAUCUUUAGCGAUAUAUAAAUGAUUGGCAGCGACAUGACAGCGCCUAGGUGAUUGAGACCUUUUUCGCGGAGCUUUUCACUAGAGUCAGUAUGAUAACUCUACCAGCACCCCGCCGCGGUGGCUUAGCGGCUAUGGUGUUGCGCUACAAAGCAUGAGGUCGUGGGAUGAAAUGCCGGUAGCGGGGGCCACAAUUCCAUAGGCACUAAAUGUAAAAGUACGCGUGUCUCUUGCAUUGGGGGCGCGGUAAAGAUCCCCGGCUGGUCAGAAUCACUCCGGAGUCCCGCACUACGGUGUGCCUCAUAACCAAAUUGUGGUUUUGGCCAGUAAUUUUCCACUCCUGGCCAGAAUUCCAGUCGUCUACGACCGUGGGUUACCGUGAUUGCGUUGCAGCAUGGCAGAUGUCCUGGCUGCCUGAUUCGAUACCAAUGUGCCCUUUCGACUUGUCCUACGUCGUGAAAGUUAGAAAUAAAUGUUAAAAGUGGUCAUCGUUUAGUCUCAUUUAACGUGGUUGAAAAAAAAAAAGAAAAACCUUAGCCAGGAUUGCGAUCCGCAGUUUGUUUUGACGUUAGACCAAAGAAGAAGCCGCACGCAGCUGCGAAAUCCUUCUGAUAUCUACCUACCCGGUAGAUAUCAGAACUAUUACGUCAAAGUCUUGCCUUCGCCUCGAGUUGUUGAAAAAUUCGACUUCGCCCUGCCAUUUUCUUGCCGCCUGGUUAGCUCAGAUGGUAAAGCAGCUUCCCCGGAAAGGCGGUAGUCUCGGGUUCGAGUCCCGGACUAGGACGAAUCUUUCUUCAACUGCGAGGCUUUUCUUUCGAGAAACCCGUAUGGGUUUCCUUUGUAGCACUUGGGUAUGUUUGGGUUGACUUCUCACUGCCCCUUAUUAAUUAUCUACCAGGUAGUGCCACCCCGUCAGCAUUGUUGACGCUUUGGCAAUGGGGAAAGCGCUAGAUUGUAGUUCUUUGCAGAAAUCGAUAAUUGACUGCUUAGCUGAAGUAUGGGGCGCCAUGGUAUGCUAAAUCCUUGAUCUAUCUAUACGAUCGUAUAUAUAUAUAUAUAUAUAUAUAUAUAUAUAUAUAUAUAUAUAUAUAUAUAUAUACCCCGGAGAGGUGGCGCAGGCGCAGUUGGCACUACGUAUCAUUUAUCACGGUAAAGGCAUCACGCAGAGCUACAACACUCUAACGCACUUUUACAUGUGGACAUUAUUCUCGAAAUGCCACUACGUGUGUUACAUUUACAUGAUAACACACAGACUGCUGUAAGAACUCUAGGCCGUAGCACAGGAGACCUACGCAUCGAGAGGACGCUUGGUACUAAUUAUGAGUAACACUACGCAGGCCGAAAUAUGUUCGCGAUGGUAUUUUCUUUAUGCGCGUGCCUUACAGGGGAUUUACAAAAAUAGUAACCGCUGUUGUUAUUCUUAGGACCAAAUGAAACACACAGUUUUUGCUAUGUACAAAAAGGAAACAAUAUAGAUUAGACGUAGGUCGCAGCUCCUUGGAAGUAUGAACCACGCGAUGGGGUAGCCUUUAAUAGUAAUAUCAUCCUCGUUCUUUUUUGUAUCAUGUCUGAGAAAACUGGGCUCAGUUUUUCAAAGGGCUUGUUGGAAGGAAUGUGAGACCUGUAACUUAUUUGAUGCUGUUUAUAAUAUUUGAAUGUUUCCUUCAUUAGUGAUCGUGCGGUCAUAAGUAGCCCAGGAGUUGCCCCCCUGUAUUUUGAUUCCCGAGUGGCUUGUUGCGCCUAAUAAAGAUGUGAAAUAAUAUG